AUGAACUCAUCUGAAAAUGACACUGAAUACAUCUAUGAUUACAACACAACAUAUGACAACAACACAUGUUACCCCAGUCAUGACUUCAGUGCACAACCAGCUCUUCUCUACAUUUUGUUCACUUUUGGUGUGCUGGGGAAUGCCAUGGUUUUGUGGGUUCUUCUCCGACACAUAAAGCUGAAGACCGUGACGGAUGUGUGUCUUCUGAAUCUGGCUUCUUCAGAUCUCAUAUUCGCUGCCUCCCUGCCACUGUGGGUCACAAACUCACAGAGCCUCAUCUCAUGUAAAGUUAUCACAGGAGUUUAUCAGUUGGGCCUGUACAGUGGAACCCUGUUUGUCACCUUUAUGAGUGUUGACCGUUAUUUGGCCAUUGUCCAUGCUGUGGCAGCCAUGAGAGCCCGCUCACUCCACUAUGGAAUUAUCAUCAGCAUCAUAAUCUGGAGCAUAUCCAUCGUCAUGGCAAUCCCCCAGGUCAUAUUUGCCAACAUGGAGGAAGAUGAUAGCCCUGUAUAUCUUAAGUGUGGACCACUGUAUCCAGAUUACAGUGUGAACUUCUGGAAGAAAUUUAGAAACUUUAGUGAGAACAUUGUCACUCUGUUAGUUUGCCUGCCAAUCAUGUUAUUCUGCUAUAUAAAAAUCCUAAUAGUACUUUCCAAAGCCAGGAAUUCAAAUCGGUACAAAGCAGUGAAGCUAAUAUUGAUCAUUGUGUGUAUGUUUGUUAUAUGUUGGGUGCCUUACAAUCUUAUUGUCUUCCUACAAACGCUUCAGCUAUUUGACAUUCUUAAUACCUGUUUAGAUGACCAGAAAAUCUACGCCUCCCUUGUGGUGAGUCAGAUCUUUGCACUGUUGCACUGCUGCGUUAACCCAAUCAUAUAUGCCUUUGUGGGGGAGAAGUUCAGGAAGUCAGUGAGUUGUGUACUACUGAGAUGUAUUCACAAGAGAGAACAGAAAAGUGUAAUGUCUAGUCACAAAGACACAACAGAGAAAGAGACCACUAACACUGUGAGUAUUAAUCGUCCUCAGUCCUCAGUACAAUGAGCUCACCGCAAAACCAGUAUUAUAAAACAGGUGUUAACUAUGAAAAUGA